AUGUCACUUAGCAUCGCCCUCCGUCAAGGGCCUGCGCGCCUGGCGCAGCGCCUCCCCCAGCUCUCCGGGCCCUCAACCUCCGUCUUCCGCACGACGGCCACCCGGGCCUUCCACCAGGCCUCGCCCAAGGCCCGGCCCUCCAGCCUCGCCAAGACGACCUCCUUCGCCGCUCGCAAUGCCUUCCGCGGAUCCUCGCGGGCGUACAACUCGGGCGCCUACGCGGCCCAGCAGCCGAACCCGAUGCGCAAGCUCCUGGUCACCGGCGCCAUCUUUGGCGGCUCCCUGGUGGCCAUCAACCUCGUCUUUAACCGCGAGACGCGCGACGACGGCGGCAUGCCCACCUACGAGCGCGAGUACCUCAACGACACCUUCCUCCACACCGGCCUCGGCGUCGGCAUCAUCGCCCUCAGCGCCCGCCAGAUGAUCCAGUCCGGCUUCGUCUACCGCCUGAUGGUUACCAACCCCUGGGUUGUCGGCCUCGGCGGCCUCGCCCUCAGCUUCGCCACCAUGUACGGCACCCGGGCCAUCUCUCCUGACAACUACAUCCCCAAGUAUGCCAUGUGGGCCGCCUUCAACGCCACCCAGGCCGCCAUGAUCGCCCCCCUCCUGACCAUGGUGCCCGGCGCCCUCCUCGCCCGCGCCGGCCUCUACACGGUCGCCAUGAUGGGCAGUCUGUCCGUCGUGGGCGCCACCGCCAAGCAGGACAAGUACCUCUACAUCGGCGGGCCCCUCCUCGCCGGCCUCGGCGUCGUCCUCGCCUCGAGCCUGGCGCCCAUGCUCCUGCCCGUCACCGCCGUCCGCACCCUCGCGCUGACGGAGAGCAUCUCGCUGUACGGCGGCCUCGCCGUCUUUGGCGGCUUCACCCUCUACGACGUCCAGAAGAUCCUGUACCACGCCCGGCUCGCCGAGCGCGGCCUCAUGCCCAAGGACCCCGUCAACGAGAGCAUCGCCCUCGAGCUCGACUUCAUCAACAUCUUUGUCCGCAUGGUCCAGAUCCUGAUGAUGCAGCAGAACCGCAGGAAGUAG